AUGUUCAGAGUUGAUCGAUCUUUUGGUCCUUGGACAAUUCCAAAGGAACAUAUUUUUUAUGAAUCAGAGCUUUCUUUUGCCUUCGUUAAUCUCAGACCAGCAUGCGAAGGACACGUUUUGAUUUCUCCAAAGCGAGUUGUACAAUUUUUUGAUUUAUUAACAGAUGCAGAAAAAUUAGAUCUAUUAAACACAGCAACUCAUGUUCGUGAUACUAUGAAAGCAUCAAUGCACACAGAAGGAUGCGCAAUGACAAUUCAAGAUGGACCUGCAGCUGGCCAAACAGUUCCUCAUGUUCAUUUUCACGUAAUACCUCGUAACUUCCCUACAAAGUUUUCUUCUUCUCCGGAUUUAUCCUUCGAAACACGUUGCGAAACUUCAAAUAAAUAUAGAAAAUUCUUUGGAUACUAA